CUGCGUCGGAGUGAGGUAGUUAUUUUGUUUUCUCUCUCUGAUUUCUCGAUGGACGUGAACUGCGUAUUGUCAAUUGAUAUCAUAUCUUUCAUGUGUGAUGAUAAGGGAUAAAACGAAUAUUUAUGAUUAACUCGGAGAGAAAGGAAAAGAGUUUUACAUUGAAGUUUCCAAACUUUAGUGCAGUAAGAUAAUUCAUAGGAUGGUCUGUCUGUCAACCAUCUAGUAAAAAGUAAAGCAAAUGCAAUCAUAAUUUUUAGUCCUGUUUUUUGUUACGUGAUACUUUUAGGACGUCAACUAAACAAGGGAAAAAGACAGUGGCAGACCUCUAAAAUAGCGAGUGUCAAUUGAAACGACACAGGAAACCCCAGAAAGGGUAUAUGUCAAGAAUGGCCCCGACGGCACUUCAGGUCCUCCUCGCCGCGCUCCUGCUGCUCUCCUCGGCUCGGGAUGUCGGCGGAGUUGUCCUUCGGCCCGACGGGACUCCCGACCUGACGGCGUGCAGCUGCGUUCCCACGGCGCAGUGCAUCCUCCACCCGUUCCUGCCGACGAGUGACAUAGAUUUCCAGUGCGAGAGACCAGGUCACGUGUGUUGUGUUCCCGAUAGCAUUGUGAUAGGAGCACAAGUAUGCACGUGUCGAACUUCACGAUGUACAGGUAGCAUAGCGGGGAAAUGCCCAACACCUGGAGAGUUCUGCUGCAGUGGCAGCAUCAGUCCCAACCCCAAUCAACCCCCAACACCGGCUUUAGAAGCAGAUUGUAAUGUCGAGGGAAGAGGAAGAGGAAGAUGUAUCGUUUACAACAACUGCCAGGAUCGAUUAGCUACUGCUUUGAACAACCUGCCCAUUCCAGAAUUUGUAGCCCUCUAUGGCUGUGGUCUCAACAGGUGAGGUGUAAUGUUGCUAUUG